AUAACUCCUUACCUAGUCACUAUCCCCUUAUUCCCAAAUCAUAAUCCACCAUGUCUUGUGAUUGGAAGCCUCCAGCCUUUGGCACUCCCGUCUGGAUGGGUAUCCCUGCCACAGACGUGACUCGCGCCUCGGAAUUCUACAAGACUGUUUUCAACUUUUCUUUUGGCGAAGCCACCGAGAAGUACCCCAAAGACCAACUCAUGAAGUUUGACUUCAACCCAAGCCUUGGCCUGUCAGGCGGCAUUCAAAAAGCCCCUGACCACACUGGAAAUUUUGCCCCUGGGAAAGGAGGGAUAUGCAUCUACUGGUAUGUCGAGAAUGUUGACACUAUCAGCCCUAUUAUUGAAAAGGCUGGCGGUAAGAUGUUGAGUGAAAAGGAAAAGGAAGGCGAGCAUGGUUUAUACCGGUUCUUUGAGGACACCGAGGGAUCAGUCGGUGCUGUGUAUCAAAUGGCUUGAGCGGGAUAGAACAAGGGGAUCGAAAGACACUAAGCAGCAUUACAAUCCUCCUCGCAGGAUUUUCUUCGACAUAGUCUUCCCAAUACAAAUCUUGCGAAAGUAAA